UGAAAUUUGUGCCCGCGCACAUUGAAUCGAGUCCCAAGGUUGUAUUUCGAUCGUCUGCAUGAUAAGCAAAGUAUGGAUUUACAUCGGGCCAUCUCUCCAAAUGCAAGCAAGACUCACAGCUACGAGAUCCCAAAGGCAUUGCUUGAAGGUAUGACGAGAUGUCUUGAAAAGAUGGGUUUCUUCAAGAUUGCCUGAUGGAUAGAAUUAAACAAAUCCACGGGCAGUCCUACGGACAGCGGAGGCCUUCUCUGACGGCAGUCUUGCGGAGGAUUUUGGAAGGUUAUCCUGAUGGCGGUCAGAUUCUCAAGGAGCUGAUCCAGAAUGCUGACGACGCAUGCGCAACAGAAGUCAAAUUUCUGUUCGACUCACGUGACAACGCAUACGGGAACUCAACACUUGUCAAUCAGGACCUAUCUCGGUUCCAGGGCCCCGCGCUCUACGUGUACAACAAUGGACGCUUUCGCGACAAGGACUGGCACGGAAUUGAGGGAAUCAUGCAAGGAAACAAGCGACUGGACCCGCUUUCUGCUGGACGGUUCGGAGUGGGAUUUAACUCAGUAUAUCACAUAACAGAUUUCCCAAGUGUUCUCAGCGGCACCCAUAUCGCCUUCCUUGACCCGCAAGAGACGUUCUUUGGCACGGGAGAGACUGGGAGACGCUUCAACUUAAGCGAACCCUUACUGGAGCAGUACCCCGAUCAGUUCUCACCCUACGAGAACGUACUCGGCUGCAAAAUCUCUUCGGGGGUUUUCGAUGGGACGUUAUUCCGUCUUCCUUUACGGAAGUGGCCAUCUCGGGUGUCGGUGAAGCCUUACACUGCAUCCAAGGUGAAGGCGUUGUUUGAGUCAUUCAUAUCGGAGGCGGCGCUUAUCUUGCUCUUCUUGAAGAAUGUGGAGAGUAUAAGUAUUUAUGAGACGAUGUGGAACGAGGGUGAGAAGUUAAUUUUCAGUAUUCGUAUCCAGGACUCGCUAACAGCGUCCAUCAAAGCAAUGAAGGCGAAGUUUAUCGAAGUCGCGUUGAACCCACUAAGAUAUCCCUACGAGAUGACGUACGAAGUAACUGUAGAGGAAAUAAGGCCUGGCAGAGACAUCAAGGAACACAAAUACAUGAUACUCAACAGAGUGGGUAGUGAGAGCCAAAAGCUCAAAGACCUCGCCAAACAUCUACACUUAUUCCCAUGGGCAGGAGUCGCGGCUCCGCUCGACAACUUAUCCACCAAAGUACCCCCCACAGGAAGGGUGUUUUGCUUUCUCCCUCUCCCCCCAGAGUCAGACUGUCGUACCGGGCUAACGGUGCAUAUACAUGGUACGUUUGGAGUAUCGGAUAACCGUAGGAACUUAAAGUGGCCUGGCUCGGAAUGUCAGAAUGAUGAUUUCGCGAUGUGGAAUAACCUUCUGCUAGAGGAAGUUAUCAGUGUGGCGUAUGCGAACCUUUUAGUGAACCUCACCCAGUCACAAUACCCUUGCGACCAGAUCCUACAGGUUGUAAGCGCAAUUUUACCCGACCUUGAGCGAGUCCAAGGUCACUGGAAGCAGAUUUUGGAGCCGUUUUUCCGUCAACUUGCUGACAAAGCGGUGUUCUGGACGAAAGCUGAGGGAGGAAAGUGGAUCAUGCUUCAGGACGCUCUGCUGAACAGACUCGCUCGCUCUCCGAGUAAGACGAGACCCGAAGUACGCGCAGCGGUGGUUAAGGUCCUGCUUCUGGCGAACCAACCGGUUGUAACCUUACCAGAUCAUGCUUUAAAGGCGAUGGACGAAUACCUACUUUGUCACGUGACCAGCGUACAGGAAAUCACGCCCUCCUUCGUGCGCAGUGUCCUAAAAGGAGAAAAGAGUAUGAGGAAAGACGGCUCUACUAAACUGAGCAACGGUUUGAUUUAUUCAGAGAGGGAUAAUAACGACAACUACAAUGUCGAGAACGAAAUUGCUAACCAAGAAUCGCUUCGUAAAACUUCCCAAGUUAAGUGUGAUUGGUCAGUUUUGGACCGAGAUGAGAAAAUUUGUUUGCUAGAGUUUCUCAUGAAAGAUGGCGCCAUUUCUGAAAUGGCAGGACUGCCACUGCUUCCGCUCGCAGACAACACCUUUACUAUAUUCUAUCCAAACGCCCUCUCUGCAAAUCCCGAAGCUGCAGUAUUUCUGGCCAGCAGACUACACCCACAAUCGCUAGUCCCAGGCUCCGCGCACCGGUUCCUAGAUGAGAGGAUUAGCGAAGGAAUUCUCGAAGUGUUGAGGUCAGUCGCGGUUAACGCCGAAAAGCAAAACACAAACGUCGUUGCUCCAACACAGCUCGUGCUCCUCGCCCCAAUCUUGGUUCCUCAACUUCUCAAGCAAGCUCUUCCCGAGCGCUGGAAGGGCCCUGAAAUCGUCGUCUCCUGGGACCCCAGGGGUAACGAGGCCCCUGAAGCCUGGCUGAAGCAAUUAUGGUCCUGGUUACGCACGGAGUUCCCAACAGAUUUGAGCGCCUUCGAGGGCGUGCCUCUCAUCCCACUGACCACUUUGCGUUCUGAGGCUGGCAGUUUGAUCAAGUUGAAGAAGACGCACAAUGUGGUACAGGGCUCUUCGCACUUCGCCUCGCUACCGCGGAACGUCAGCAGCGCGCUACAGAAGGCCGGAUGCAUAGUGCUGUCACAUGUCCCUGUGUUCUGUGAUCAUUUGGACCUCAGACAGUACUUGGAGUCGCCUACACCAUCCGGAGUCAUAAAGGUCCUCGCGUCAGUACUUGAUAACGAGGGCGUGGCAUCCAUCAAGCGUUGUACCUCUGACGAGAAGCGUUGCAUCAGGGCCUUCCUGUCCAGCCUUCGGAACCCCUCAGAUGACGAAGUGCUUACGCUCAUGGCUUUGCCGAUAUUCGAGGCCAUCAGUGGAACCUUUACUGCAGUCCAGCCGGACGGACCACUGCGUGGAGAGAAGUUGGACGUUGCACCUCCUCGAUUUAAAUUACCCGACGACGUCGUUGUACCAGAGUCUCACCUUAUUCUGUCAGCCGGUGAUGAUGAUUCGUAUCAACUUCUGAGGCGGCUACCGAUCCGAGUUCUCAACAUGUCCGACUUUCUCAUUGAAAAGGUUUUCCCAUUUAUUGAGGCUGGGACCUUCUACAGUCGUAACCAAGUGGCCAAUCUAAUGGUUUGGGUCCUUCAAAGGCUCCCCGUUCUCUCGAGUGACAACAGGGCCUUUCCAGAACACCUCAAGACCCUUCGCUUCAUCCCAAUCUCCAAAGGAAAAUUUCAAGCGCCUUGCGAGCUCUUCGACCCAGAAGACGAAACUCUGAAGAAGCUUUUCGAAGGGGAACCAUCUGCAUUUCCUUCGCAGGAAUUCUCCACGACACACGCUUUGAGUUUACUUCGAGUGUUCCUGGGAAUGCGACGGAGUGGUUCCUUAGAAGGUAAAGACGUCCUUAAGAUUGCCAAGCAGAUUUCUGCAAUGUCGACAGAGAACGCACCAAAGAGAGCACAGGCGUUGAUGACCUUCCUCAACGAGAAUACGUCCCUGCUUGAUUCCAAAGUCGGCACAGAUCAGCCGGGAGUGGCGGUAGAUCUUGCAAGUGCAUUAUCCACACUGCCAUGGAUCCCCUCCAGUACCGAGCCACCUGUCAAAUACCCAUCUACAAUGCCGUGGUACUCUUCCGAUGAAAUUCUCCACUCAGCGUCUGAGAUGCGAGAUGUAGACGCUGCAAACCUCGUGGGUUCUACCAUGCCUAUCAUGCAAGGAGACAUCGAUUCCAAGCUGAAGAGGGCGUUUGGUUGGGACAAGCCCCCGCCCACCUCCCAUGUUAUCAAACAACUCAAGGCUGCUUCAGAGGUCUGGAUAAGUAGCCAGAAAAGGCCUUCUGAGGUCGAGAUCCUCAAGUUCCGGACAAUGCUGCGCGAAAUCUACGACAGGCUCUCGGUCCCAGAGGCCUUGCCUGAGACUACUGCGUUCAUCAAUUCGUCACAAGACUGGUCAUGGGUGUGGUAUGGCUCUGGCUUUGCCUUGCCCAAGUGCGUGGCAUUCCAGAGUACAUGUCCAAUCAACCUCAAGCCGUACAUUUUCUAUGUUUCGGAAGACUUUCGAAACUACUCCCCCCUUUUCAAGGCAUGCGGAGUUCAAGAAAAUUUUGGUGAGGAAAGGAUCACAGAAGUACUUGCCUUGGUAAAGGAAAGCUACCUGAAGGGCACGAAAAACGAGGGAAUUGUCAAAAGGGAUCUUCACUUAUGCAGAGAGAUCUUGCAUCACAUCACCAGAAAUGGUGACCCGUUACCUGAAGAGCUACGAGAAAAGGUUUUAGUACCUGUGCAAUCCACCGACGGACAGCUACGGCUUGAGUUAUGCAAUGACGUAUAUUACUACGAUUCUGAUUGGCUAAAGCUAAGAGGAGGAGAUGACGUCACGUUUACCAAUGUCAUCCACGAGAGUAUUUCAACUCAUACAGCGCAGUUACUUGGUGUGCAACCUCUAAGCAGGAGUCUUGCUAUGGUCGAGGCGUUUGGGUUUGAGCAGUCGGAGCCCCGGGAGCCGGUAAAUAUCAGGUUGCGGAACAUCCUGCGGGAGUAUAAGGAUGGCUUGAGUGUCUUGAAGGAGCUGAUACAGAACGCUGAGGAAGCUGGUGCAAACGAAGUGAAAUUCCUUGUGGACUGGAGGGAGAACCCCCACCAGAGAGUGCUAUCCAAAGGAAUGUCAGAAGCCCAAGGACCGGCCUUAUGGGUCUACAAUGAUGCCGUGUUCACCGAUAAGGAUUUUGAGAACAUCAAAAUGCUCGCUAGCACUACGACGACGGGGAGUGCCAAGAGGGGUCGCCCUGGCAUAGGGUUCUGUUCGGUGUUUAACAUUACAGAUAUCCCAAGUUUCAUCAGUCGAGAAUUUAUUGUAAUGUUCGACCCGCAAACGACGUAUCUUGGGAAUGUUAUCAAGGAUAAGACACGUCCAGGAAUCAGACUUAACCUCAAGGAAAACUCUCGAGCAGUGGCAGCAUUCUCCGAUCAGUUUUCCCCGUACAACAAGAUCUUUGGGUGCAGUAUCUUAGAGCAAGGCAAGGAGUUCUUUUACAACGGGACUUUGUUUAGGUUGCCGUUCAGGACUUUGAGUCAAGCGCAGACUAGCGUGAUUUCCGGAAACUGUUAUGACGAAAGCAACAUUUCGAAACUGCUUGGAAUUUUCCGAGAGCAUGCAUCUAGUCUGUUGCUGUUCCUGCGCAAUGUAAAAAGGAUAAGUGUUCACGAGAUAAAGGCAUCGGACCACAGCGUCGACAGCCCUGAAAUGGUGUUUCAGAUUGACAGAGGUACAAUAGAAGUUAUACCAAGAAACGAGCCAAUUCUGUCACGAAGCUAUUCACAUUCCAUCAGCGAGUUCACUGGAAGCCCUCUUAGGCAGUCUUCCUCUGUGAUUGCUUUGAAAUCAUCUACUUCUCCGAACAAGAUGUUCAACACUGCCGCGCCACAGUCCUCAAAUGAAGUUUGGUUGACGUCAUUCUGUUCUGGGCACAGCCUUUCUGUCGAGCUCGCGGCAAGUGCUGAAGGCCAACUAAACGGGCUUGUGUCUCAGGCAGGUGUUGCAUCGCUGCUUUCUUCACAGGGAUUUCGGGAAGGGUUAUGGAAACCGGAGCCAGUAAGUGGAGAAGCGUUUUCCUCCUUGCCGUUGUCAAUGGAAACGGGACUUCCUGUCCACGUGAAUGGGUGUUUUGCUGUCACAAAUAAUCGCCGUGGUCUGUGGGAGGAGAGUAAUCCCGAUCAGAAAUCAGAUAGGAAAUCAGACAAACCGUUCGAGGCUCUUUGGAACAAAGUGCUUCUUGAAGAUGCUGCAUCGACUGCAUACGUGCAGCUCCUGAAAGACAUGGUACGACUUAUAAUUGAAGGCAAAGUUGCUGAGUUUGAUUUCCAGGAAGUCUGGCCAGACCCUGAUAAGAUUCCUUCAAAGUUAUGGCGGAUGUUGGCGAAUCGAGUCUACCAGGGAAUCAGUGAAUCUGAAGUACCUUUGAUGCAAGGUUCGACGGUAUGGGUACAACCCAACAAGGCUGUGUUCCUAGACGAGAAGUUAAGCGAGCUUUCUGGAUGUAAGGCUGUAGCGGAGCUGUCUGAAUACCAGAUCGUCGAGUUGAAGCCAUUUGCGCGGAAAGCGUUCAUUAAGGCUGGCCUGUCAAACGUGCUCACUCAGCAGACACUUACCGUCGAGAGGUUUUUGCAAGAGGCUUUUUUGCCGAAUAUCAAGGAGAUUCCCACCGGUACAAGAGACCAGAUUGUCUGUUUUGUUUUGGACGAGUAUUCCUCUGGCUCAACGAAUCUUGGAGAGUUGAUUGAGAAGUUCUGUUGCAUACCUGCGGGAGACGAGGGUCAAAGUCUGCUUACUUCAAGACAACUAAUCGACCCAGAAGGAGCUGCCGCAGGGAUGUAUUCAGCUCAGGACAACCGAUUCCCGUUUGGAGAAGAUUACCGAAAGAGAUUUGCGGCUUUGCGAAACCUCGGAAUGGUUAAGGACAUGUUACCAUGGGAAGCGAUUUGUGAACGGAUCGAGUCUGUAGCAAAGUUAGCCAAAAACAACCGAGAGCAUGCACUACAAAGGAUCCAGAACAUAAUCAGUUAUUUGAACACAUAUCUUAGCAAGAUGAUUGAUCCGACGCGUCAGCAGAAGGAGGCAAUGCGCAGUUAUAAGUUCCUACCCGCUCUUAACCAUCCAGAGGGCUACUGUCUACCGUGGAAAGGAGCACCAAAGGCCCUGAAACGAGGUAUUACGUUGCUCUCUGCAGAUGAACUGUACCCUGCUAAAUACGUCUACCUUUUGGGUACCAUCAAACCUAUUCUAGAUGAGUCCACUAAAACUGGGUGUGGUGAAAUGAAGCCUGAAGUAGCAAGACUUUUCGGCAUCCAGAAACACGAACCUGCCCUUGAAGACGUAUUGUUCCAGCUGUCCUCCGCGGUCCAAUGCACGAGGAAGAAAACACCAAUUAAUGUUGAAUGUAUUCAGGAAAUUUGCUUGGUGAUUUACCGCUAUCUCCAGUUGUUACUCACCACUUCACAAAGGGAUGCAGUCCUGGAGGUACUCAGUGAGAAGCCAUGGGUCUUUGUCUCGUCCAAAUUCGUCGCAUCUAAUCAAGUAGCGUUCUCCUGGACGGGGCACGGAGCUCCGUUUCUAUAUCAGCUUCCGCAAGAGUUUACAAACAAGUUCCGUAUUCUCUUCGAAGCAGCUGGUAUUCGCGAGACAUUCACGGCGGAUGAUUACAUCGAUGCGUUGUUUGCUCUACGUGAAAGAAAACAAGAAGAACGAUUGACAGAGGUCGAGUUUAAAACCACUAAGACCUUCCUAGACGAGAUCGCGCACAUGGAUCAAGAUCUAGUUAACUCGUUUCAGAACCAUCUUCCCAUGCCGGAUCAGGAUAGAGUUCUGAGACCUGUAGGUGAACUUGUGGUUAACGAUGCACCGUGGCUAGAGGACGUAGAGUUUGCGCAUGUGCUUCACCCAGACAUCCCCACACACCUAGCGCACCGUCUUGGUGCGCAGACCAUGAGAGAUGUCACCCUUAGCAAGUACUCUCACGGUCUUGGCAAACCUUUGAGUCAGAAAGAACCUCUAACGGAACGCAUUAGAAACGCGCUUUCUUCGUACCCGCGUGAUGAAGGUAUUUUAAAGGAGAUGCUUCAAAGUGCCGAUGACGCCAAAGCCACAGAAUUUCACGUAAUCUAUGACCCACGGCAACAUAAUAAAAAGAGAGUGUUAAGCGAAGGAUGGAAAGAUCUACAAGGGCCAGCCAUUUGCGUCUACAACGACUGUCCGUUUACGGAAGAACGCAUGGAGAGCUUUCAGCAGAUAGGACGUACAGCCAAGUCGGAAGAAUCAGACAAAGCUUUCGGCUUCAAUACGAUAUAUCACUUAACCGACUGCCCAAGCUUUAUCACGGAUAAUUCAACCAUCUGUAUCCUGGAUCCACACGCCACACACGCACCAGAUGUUACCAGAGAAACUCCAGGAAGGAUUCUGCAACCGUUAGACGAUGAAUUCCGCGAGAACUUUGUCGACGUUUUUAAAGGGUAUCUUGAGGACUUCUUCAACCUUGAGGGUGCUACCAUGCUACGAUUUCCACUGCGGACAAAGAUCAAUGCCGAGAAAUCUGAGAUUUCCAAGCUAUCUUUUGAAGAUGUAGACGUUGAUAACUUACUAAAGACAUUUGAGCACGAUGUCAAGGACUCCCUUCUCUUUCUAAAUAGUGUUAGGAAGGUAACAAUUUCAAGGAUAGAAAAUGGAAGGCUUGUGAAAAAGUACCAAGCAAGUGCUACAUUGCCGGAUGAAAGUGAAGAGCAGCUUCAAACAUUGUCGAGCGAGGUGAUAAGAAGCAAGGGGGUUCCGACUGCCGAUAUCUCUUACUUCGGGGUAACGUACAAGUUGGUUAUCUCAGACUCAGAGCGUUCGACUGAAGAAUGGCUAGUCCAUCAGUGUCUUGGCGCAAAAGAGUAUGUUGCUGCCCCCUUGGUUCCGGAUGGUAGAGCUCUAGGUUUCUUACCUCGCGCCGGCGUUGCAGCAAAAGUGUCUGUCCAAGAGGACGUACUCGGCCAACACGUUCUACGCGCCUUACAAGAGCCUUUCACAGACAAGACGUGCCGCGCUUUCAGCUCCCUUCCCCUGCAUGUUGAGACAAGACUUCCUGUACAAGUAAGCGGUCAGUUUGCACUAGACGUCGCAAGGAGGAAGUUGUGUGAUGAUGAAAAAAAAGAUUGCCGCAGCAGAUGGAACGAAUUCAUGAAAACAGAAGUCAUCGCUCCAGCCUACGUUCACCUGUUGAUGAGCGCAAGGCAUAAAAUUACUGGAAUCCAAGAAGGGAACCCUUGGUUCUUCAACACGAGAAGUGGCGUCAAAAGUGGUCUCAGCUGGUACCAUAGCUUAUUUCCAGAUCCACAUUCGGUGCACAGCGACUGGAAAGAGCUUUCUUUGGCUGUAUUUCGAUGUCUAGAAAAUGCAAACUGCCCUGUUAUUCCAGUUAUUCACGGACAGGAAGCGCCGUCCAGUAAUCCUUCCACCCCCCGCUCACCUGUUUCCCCUUCCCACCGAUUCAGUGACGAUGUUGCUACGAUAACGUGCCGAUGGCUCCCGCCAACUUCUGAAGACGAAGAAAACAGUUGCUACUUCAGUGUUCCUGACUUGGAGAUCAACGAACUUUUGAUCAAAACUGGAUUUCCCAUUGCGUAUUCCCCAGCUAAGGUCCUGGAAGAUUUCAAGUUCGCUGGCGUCACAGUUAAAAGUGUGAACCCCGAAGUUGUGCUAACCUUCAUGAAGAGCUCAAGAUCUAAGGUCGGAAUGCUUCCUUGUCUUAUCAAGAACUCUGCGCUCGGCGACAUCGCGACCCUGAAGGCACUGAUCACCUACUGCAUGCAAUGUGAUAACAUUGUGUCACGCCUACACGGUUUGCCCAUGCUUCUUACCGAAGACGAUGUGCUGAGAAGAUUUGAUAUCGCCACUCCUGUCUUCUACACGCCAUUUGCAGAUCUCUUACCCAUACAUAAAGAUCUCUUUCUUCACAGCGAGUUUGUGGAAUUUUUUUCUGCCGCCGGAGAGAAGACUAUGGUUCAAACAGGAAUCUUCAAACGAUUUGACACUAAGAGCCUUGGGCCAUACGUAAAUCAUCUUCUUCCACCCUCAUGGUGCGCUGCCAAGACACACGUGCAAUGGGCUCCCUCCUCCAAAAAGCCUUCACGUGACUGGAUGACCUUGCUAUGGCAGCUGAUUCACAAGACCUUCUUUGAUCGUCAAUCCAGCUUUUCCGAUGACGACGAUUGUACCGAGACUUUGAGGCCUUUGGAAGACUGGCCCAUCGUCCCCACCAAUCAGGGAACUCUAGUGUCUGUCAACAUGGGCAAGACAGUUUUUGACUUCACAUCGCGGGAUUUCUCAGAAGACAAGCUGGUCGUAGUUCUUAGAAAACUUGGGUGCCCAGAAGUGGACUUCUCUAUGCUUCCUGGUCUAAAGGUGGAUAAUCUUUCUCAGGUACUUAGUUCCUACCUCGCAAAGGCACAUUCCAGGAUUGAUGUAAUAUCAGUCCUUGAGCACCUGAUGAAAGACAAUGAACUAACUGUCAGUCUUAACGAGAAUGAGAUACUUGUUCUCUUCAAGUUCCUUCAAGAAGAUGUCACCACUGUUUACAGCCACAAGUCCCUUCUCAGGAGCAUGCCGUUCUUCCAGACCCUACAUGGAAAGUUUGUAAGCUUGUUGAAUUACUCCUCCGCUCACGUUUUGGAACUUCCAGAAUGUAUACCUCUGAAGGACAUCGAGCUUAGAGUUGAAAUGGAAGGAUGUGUCUUGCUUCGUGCUGUGCGAGAGCUGGAACCCUUCUACAAGGCAGUGGACAUCUUUCGAGUAUCUCAAAGCGAGGUGUUCGUCAAAUACAUCUUACCUAACCUGGAUGCUUUGAAAGACGAAGACCGUCAGUCAGUUCUGGGGUUCAUCAGAGACUCUCUUCUCGUUACCACCAACAAUCCAAAUGAGAGGAGUGUUAUCAUUGAUACACUCAUAGACACAAAUAUCCUCCCUGACAAAUCUGGAGAGUUGUGUCCAGCAAGUAGAUUUCAUGACCCUGCCAAUGAAGUCUUCAAGUCUAUGUUAUCGGAAGAUAGCUUUCCUCCGGGGGAUUAUGCUAGUGAAGCCUGGCUUCCGCUUCUCAGACAGAUUGGUUUGAAGAAGGCUGUGACUCAGCAAGAUUUCAUUGAAUACUCCGAGAGUGUAGCUAGCAGCGCUGAAACCGACCCAAGCAACGAUGAGCUGAGAGCGAAAUCUAAAGCGUUGGUACAGUGUCUACUUGAAGAAGAAAUUCUGCGCGAUGCAUGCUUUUUGCAUUUGAUAUCCCAGAUCAAAUUUGUCUCGCCUGAAAUUGCAAGUGAGAACUUGAGGAAUCUUCACACGCAAUUUGAGUGCCAGAGUAAAGAUGACAGUCCACCGUUUAUUGCGUUUCACGGAUCUAUCUCGCAAGAGUGCGAAAGAUUCCUUUGGAGUACUGCGCCACUGCUACCGUCCUGGGCUUUGCCACAGAAGGGAGAAAACCAGCGGAUGCUGGUGGACAACCUAGGCAUAGAGGUUGCCCCGCCAUUAGAGAAAGUCAUCAAACAUCUGGAGAACUUGUCCUUGCAAUUUAAGGGCAAUGUGAACAAGGAUACGCCAAAAGAUCAGCGUGAACUCUUGCACGACAUCAUCUACGCAAUUUUGAGCUUCUUCAAAACAGAGGCCUCGUGUACUGAGACAGAGGCGUCGGAGCGUUGCUCUAAAUCAUGUCUCGCCAUCGGAAACAUUUUGCAAAAAAUACCAUGCAUCCCAGUGGAGGAGGGAAGGGUCUUUGUGGAGGGUGAUCAACUUGCUUUUGAAACGUUAACAGAAAUGCCUCCUUUCCUGUACAAGGUACCACGAGAAUACGGUCAUUUUGAGCAUGUACUGAAGCGACUUGGAGCUGAGGAAAAGCCAACGCCUUUGCAAUUCGCUAAGGUUCUCGAAAGGCUAAAAGAAGUCUGUGAAGAUAAACCCAUGGAACCAAACGAGCAAAAAGUAGCCAGACUAGCAGCACAAGGGUUCUUCACCACGGUUUCCUUGCUGGUAAAAGAGCAAAGGGAAUCUACAGUCACAGCACUGCUGUCGAAGAUAAACGACCUUUACCUACCAACCAAAGAGGGAUACUUAAAGCUAUCUAACGAGCUCAUUUUCUACGAUUGUCCAAGCUUUGAGCGGCGUGCACGAGACUUCUCUGGCGACUUUAUGGAUAUUGCACGGGAAGGCGAACUAACAGCUGAUCGAUUAGCUUACCUGUUGAACUUGUUGCCGACUCGACUACGGGUUAGAACCAUCCAGAGUAUUCUGCGUGAAGAGAUUCACCCGUUUUCCCGUGAAAAGCAUUGUAUUGCAGACUCCGGCGAGGAACAGUGUCCCUUCAUCGCUCGCUACCGCAAUGUUCUGCUGUCCCCAAAACUCAUCAACGGCAUCUUACGGGUUAUUCGGCAUCAGCGACAGACGGCCAACAUCCCCCAGGAAGUCAGGGAUCAGGUAUUGGUGCUCUCCACCAUGCAAAUCUCGUGUAUGGGGGCACUGGACACCCACCUUGUCCAACUAGAGACAAACACGCCCAUCAAGAAUAGCAAAGAGGUUCAAGACUGUUUCCUGGAAGAACAAGACAACAAGUGGGAGCUGUUUAUUAAGCAUGGCACCGACGAGAACCCGCUACAUAUCCAGCUCUGCUUCCUAAUCAACCGUCUGAUCGGCAAUCACGUGGAGAAAGAGAUUUACCUUCAGGCCAUGUUAGCAUGCCGAGUCCCUGAGGACAUCCUACCGUCACUUGACCGCUGUGGAGUGGCACAAGAUCUUCUGUCAAGCGAUAAGCGCACAACAGAUCCUUCCUUAGGCUCGGAGAUACCCGUUAUGUAUCAUUACUUGUUGAGGCAGGACUUUGAGUACUUCUUCCGUAAGGGGGAGAUCGUGGGUUACGAGAGGGAGCGUGUGCUCGAGGACGGCUCCAUUAAUGAUCGUGAACCAUUCUAUGUGUACGCCAAGGUUAUAAGGAAAGCUUCUUCGAGUCCAUCAAACUCGGACUCUGAACAAGAUCCAGGGAAAUUUGACUUCCAAGCACGCUAUCGCAUAGACGUAGGAGAACCAAAGUUACUUGAAGUCAGUGUGUUAGACUUGUAUAAGUUCGAUCGCACUGGGGUUGAUCCAACUGUUCCUUUGAAGCUUUCCGAUCUGAAGGACAUUGUUAUAUUCACGGGCGAUCCAGACGAUGAUCGUCUGCGCGCUUCUACAAGAAAUGACCGGCUUGAAACCGCCAAGAAGGCAGUCAAAGAUGCUCUUUGGGAAGCGUGGAAACUGAAGGAUGUCAAGAGGAAAAAAGUCAUGAAACGCCUGUUUCUAAGGUGGCAUCCAGACAAGAACCCAGGCAGCGACAUCGCUACUGAAGUGAUGAAAUUCCUGCUCAGCGAGAUCGACCGACUUGAGCGAAUAUUCCCAUCCAAGGAGAAAAAGGCUAAGAAAGAGAAAGAAAAGAAAGAAAAGACGGAAGAGUCAAGCUCGACGUUUAAUGAUUUGUUUGAACAAUGGAGUAAACGGGCGCACCAGGAGCGACAGACAUACAACACGUUCAAAAGGCAAAACACCAGCGCAUCCUCAGCUAAUUCAGGCAACCCGCAGCGCAAGGAGGCAAGACGUUGGAUGAAGCAAGCCCGGGACGACCUCGCUGCCGCGAAACACUUGGUCAAGCAGGAGCCGAACUUCUAUGGACUCGUCUGCUUUCUGUGUCAACAAGCCGCGGAGAAAUCGUUUAAAAGUGCGUUAUAUGCAGCAUGUGGUAUCGCUGAGAGUCAGCUCGAGACGCACGACGUGUUGAAUCUAGCCUACGAGAUCACUGAACUCGAUAACUCGCCACCGGAGAUCGCACUGCUUGCUGCGAAGCUGAAGAAUUAUUAUGAAAAGACUCGCUACCCGCACUUUCACCACGGAGAUGUCAUUCCAUCCGAGGUUUUCACGAGUGAAAACGCGCACGAAGCCCUGUCCGUUAGCGAGUCCAUACUCGACCAGAUUGGCAAGUUUAUUAAUGAGAACUUUGCAGAGGUUUGAGGAAGCAUGUGCUUUAAGAUAACUGUACGUGCACAGAUUUCCACAUAUAUCGUCUUAUUUUGACCUUUUAUUUGCGCUUACAUAAAAAAGUGCGCAUUUUUACCUAAUUAUAAUUCAUGCGCUAUAACAAGAUCGGCUUCGUAGUAUCUCAAAGGUCAUCAUAAGGCGUAUUUUAAUUUGGAAUUGAGAUUUGGAAGUUUAUUGUAAGUAGCUUAUUCCAAAAGAGAAAAUGUUGAAGAAAAUAGGAAGUUUCACAGGAGCAUUUCUCUUAGUAAUGGGACAUAGAGUUGCUUUAGAAUACCCGAUUACAUGUGUUGAUCUGAUUAACUUGUGCAAUAACCAAAUAUGAUAACUGACAGUUAUACGCACAGAGCAGAAAGGAAAAUCGUAGCAUUUCGGGUAGCGGCCACGCCAAUAUGCAACUUAAAUUUUUUAAUCCAGUUUUUCCAAUCAUGAAAAUAUAAUAUUGUAAAUAAUACAAUCUGCUUUUCCGGACACAAUAAUAUCGAUGUAGUAUUAUAGUUUUUUACAAACGGAAUGAAUGCAAUGACUUGCCGCAAUAUUGUAUUUUAAUAUUUAAUAUAAGAAUCAAUGCUUUAAAUAUAGAAAGUCGCUUUCAUUGAAGAUUAUAGGCUAUGAUACAUGAGAUACGUGUAAGACCAUUGGUAAUUUAGUAUAAUACUUGUAUGGCAAUAGUAAAGUAAACAAGCUAUAAUUAAUAAACAAGCUAUAAAUCAACAAAGGUUGUUAAAGUAUGUUGAACGCCCUGUAAAACAGAGUAGUUGCGCUGAAGUCUCGAGCAAUAGCCCUUCCUCGGGUUUUUUUUCUUUUGCUCCAACGAAGGGCUACCGCUCAAAACGUCAGCACAACUACUGUCUCACAGAGGUGUACAGCAUAGUUUUCAACCUUGUAUUGAUUUAUAGUUUGUCUAAACCACGCCUACGCAGACCAUCUUGUUUUUCUACAGCUCAUCUGUAGUCUCUCUAGUUGUACCAAUAGAGUUUAUAAAUAUCAAUAGAGUUGUACCAAAAGUUUUAUAGUGAAUUUGACAAAUGAAUUUGAAAAAUGUUUUAAAAUAAAAACAUGGUCCCUUGUA